AGCGCUACACUUGUGCGACCACCACCACCGUUUCAUUGAUUCACAGACUUUAAACACACAACAAGCAAACAAACAGGUCUCAUUGUAAUGAUAUUAAUAACAAUUGCCUGUGACAAUUAAGCUCUACUAUAUCUGAAAGGAGAGAUAUCAACGCUGUCUCUGAAGGGAACUUGGAUACAACAUCUAGGAUAUUUUUCCUCCACUCUCUAACGUUUAUAGUUUGUCAUCAACUGUGUGUUUUCUAUUCGGAUACCUACACGUUGUCAUUUAUGUCAGACUAAAUAACUGCUAUGACAGGGAAACUAGCGGACAAGCUCCCUCUUAUCAUGAGCAGUUUAACAAACACGAUUCCUGACAGUCUUUACCAAGAAGAGGACAUUCCGACGUCUAUGAACAUUUUCACCAAUACGGAUUCUAUAAACCACUACUCGCAAAUGAAUACAGAUAAUAUCAUGGAUCUGGGGAUGGGAAGUGAUAAGGGAAAUGCAGAGAUCCAGUACGGCUCUAACUUCCAGUCCAGCCGCAGCGGGCAGCCCGUGACCUAUCUGGGGAAGUUUGCCUUCGACACUCCUCCAUCGGGUGGAAUUGGGGGCUCUGGCUGGUGUUCAGACAACAAUAUAAUUAGUUUAGUAAGUGCUGGGAUCCUGGGCGUCUCCCCGUCGCCUGGCACUAUCACCGCACAGACGUCGUCCUCUGGAGCCAGCAUGGGCGGCCAGUCAUCAGAUACGGAGCAGGUCUAUUGUCCGCCACUGCCCGCUUAUUCCACCUGCAGUGACCUGUACCAGGACCAGGUCUCCUUCCACCACAGCCCUGCCACCAGCACUGCCCUCGGCUACCCCAGCAAUGACUACCACACCACCUCCAAGCCCUCCAUGGACGGGAGCCUUUUCUCUAUGAUCCCAGACUAUAACAUCUUCCAUCAUCAGGGUGAGGUUGGCAUGAUGGAGCACAAGCCUUUCCAGUCCAUGGACCCCAUUCGUGUCAACCCCCCACCCAUCACACCACUAGAGACCAUUCGAGCAUUCAAAGACAAGCAGAUUCAUCCAGGUUUCAUGGGUGGGCAGCAGCAUGCUCCUCAGCACCACCAGCCACCACAGACACUAACACUCAAACCCAUCCGACCACGGAAGUACCCAAACCGGCCCAGCAAAACCCCUGUGCAUGAGCGGCCACAUGCCUGCCCAGCAGAAAACUGUGACAGACGCUUCUCCCGUUCAGAUGAACUGACACGCCACCUCCGCAUCCACACAGGUCUCAAACCCUUCCAGUGCCGCAUAUGCAUGCGCUCCUUUAGCCGAAGCGACCACCUGACUACCCACAUCCGCACGCACACGGGCGAGAAGCCCUUCUCCUGUGAGUUCUGUGGACGCAAGUUCGCCCGGAGUGAUGAGCGCAAAAGACAUGCCAAAGUUCACUUCAAGCAGAAGGACAAGAAGCCGGCCGACAAGGGGAGUGGGGCGGCUGGCAGCCACAGCUCACCCCCCAGUUCCUGCGGUGGCAGUGGGGGGCCCAGCGGUGGCAACAUCAUGACUGUCACUACUUGUGCUUAGGAUGGACCAUCACCAUGCCCUAACAUAAGACUGGGGAGGGAGGGAUCCUAUCCACAAUGAGACAAAUAGGUGACUCUUUCGCUCUCUUUUUCUCUUACACUCCAUUUCUCUUCAUUUUUAUUUCCAUGUAAUAUUUCCCUCCUCUAUUUGGAGAUGUUAUCUUGUAAGAGUAGGGGAAGAAGACGACAUAGACUGGAGGGCCAGCAACUCUGUGAAUGUCUGCAAGCAGAGCGGCAUCAUGGCACCGGCUGUCCAAGAGGACAUGGCAUAUCUUUGAGAAUGAAAGUCAACUUUCUGAAGUCAUAUCAUGUAUUGUGCUUUCUGAGAAAUUCACCAAGAACCUUGGAUGUGAAGGGAUUCAAAAAAAUAAUAAUUGGGGUUUAGACUGAAUUACAACUGGGCGUAGAAUAAGGUGAGCAAUGUUUGGGAUGUAUGCAUUUAUUUCAUCUGGUUGUUUAAAAGUGCAAUUGGUUGUAUUUGUGUGCUAUUGUUGAUAUCUUAUUUGCUGCACUUUCCAUUGCCUGUCUUUAUGUUGAAAAAUACUUUUUUAUAUUAUUUUUAUUUUAUUUUUUUAUUGUUUCUCAAAAGAAUGUGCCAAACGUUUUGGGAUAAUACUGCUACGUUUUUUUCUUAAUUGUGCCUGGGAUUAACCAAACAUUACAAAGACUAUGUUUCCGACAUUGAUCUAAGGCAGAUUGGUAACGUUUUAUUUUUAUUUUUAUGUUAUUAUAAUUUUAGCAAUUAUAAGUAUCACAGUUACAACUAAAUGGGUUCGAAAUCUUUUUGCUAUAAGCUCAAAACAUCAGCAUAAAAAAACACACGAAUCAUUGGCUUUGUCCAUCCAAACCUGAUCCUGUGUUCAAUGGACCAGUCUUUGGCGGUAAUCUAUUGUCGUCUGAUGCACACUAAAUGAAAUGGAUUGCAACAUUAAUGCUAAAUAUUUAUGAACUGAUGAAGAAUUUAACAUAUUCACUACAAAUUACACAAAUCCAUGAAAGAAAGCCUAUUAAGAUACCCAAGAUAAAACAAAAAAUAUAUAUUUUAAGUUGAGUGCUUAUGUUGCUUUAAAAAAAAAAUAUUUCAGUCUAUCCUCCGAGGACUCCUCUUGGUCACAUUUAUAUGUGUAUUCAAGACACACUCAACCAAUCUUGAAAUGAAAUCCUGAGAGCUCAGAGAAAAAGACUGAAACGUUGAAAUACCUCCAUCUAUACUGCAAGUCGACAACAUUUCUGAAUAACAGCAGACAUAAAUUAGAGAGCCUUUUAUCUGUGCGUUCACUGACAGAGACCUGCCAGUUAUAUGCAUGUAAUUAGAGAUAUUGUAAAAUAAAAUGUUUUGCAUAUUGUUACAAUGAGCAACACCUCUAAGAACUACUAUGGAAUCUACAUGGUAUUGCCAUGUUUACACCUCCUACUAUUUUGAGAGAUUCUGAAUUUUAAAUGAUUGUUAUUUUUUGUAAAGUGAGAGAUAUAUACAGGUACUUCAACUUUUGUACUCAGACUGUCAAAGGCACCAUAUACUUCAGUAUUAAAUUGUGCAUUUGUAUGCAUGUGUAUGUAGACGUACAAUAUAUAAAAUCAAAUGUAUACAUACACACAUUUCUUAUUGACUGAAUGCUUGUGCAGAAGGUGUCUUAAAAUGCUUCUUGUAAAGUAAUGAUAAUGCAGAACGUUUUGUGAAUAGAAGUCAUUGCAAAAGACUUUGGAGCAUUGACAGUGCCAAAUGGAGUACAUUAUCUUCCAUUUCAAAACAGUCUAAUAUUAUUUGUACCUACUAUAGGGUUCUUAGCAGAGGGUGGUUUGAGGAAACACUAAUGUGUUCUUAAACUAAAUAAACAAAAAUCUGAACAAAAAUCUUUGUAUUUCAAUUGCAAACAAACCCGUAAUGUAUGGGAUUCCAAAGUUCAGACAAAUAUAUUGAAAAAGAUAAGCCUAGUACACAGUAUGCAACAUUUUUCACUAUCCACAUGGAUUUGUAUUUAUCAGUAAGGCAAUAUCAGUAUGCAACAUACAGUCUUACAAGUGGCAAGUCUGGCAUUGACUGAAGGUUACACUACUUGACUGGCUCUAGAUUCAGAUAAAUACAUUUCUCACAAUAAUCUUGGGUCACACUGAUUCAAAAAUGCACUCAAAUGUGUGUCAAAUCUAUAAAAUCAUUAAACAAGUAGUCAAAUAAGUAAAAUCAUAUAAUCUUAUAAUUUCAUUAAUGAUAACAAUGUAUAGGUAAUAAUGUACUACAAUUCAUUUGAGGGAUGUGAAUCCAAACUGUUUGGGAAUUGAUCCACUACAUUUGAUUGUUGUCUUCACUCUGCUCAAUGCUCUAGUCAGCUUUGGUCUUGGCGUGUUUCUCUGAUGUCUUUCCCCUUAAAGGGCAGUUAUUUUACCCCUCCUGUCCCAUCUGGUCCCGUGCGUGAUAAUUAAUGCACCACAGUCAAAUGUGUUCUCUGUGUGUUUGAUAUGGAUUACUUAUUGUCAUAGCAGCUGUGCCUGAUAGCAAUAACUUUCACAAAUCUUGAUUGAAAAUUUCAACAAAUGUCAACAACAAGGAUUUAUAAAUGCAUUGCUCACUAAUAUUACAUAAUUCUCCAAUGUGCUUCCAAGGCCACAUUCCCUCUUUCCUGUGAAACUGGUUUUCAUUGCUGGGCUUCCUGGCAAGUGUCCACUUAUUUUCCAAUGAAUUUGGCCCCAGAGAGUCUUUCUCCAGUUCAUCUACUGUAAAUGGGUAAAUGACCAGACCCCUUGCAUUGUCUGAAAGAGUUGGCGAGUUCACACAUACAGUAUCAUCUCACUUAUUAUUUAAAUCAAUGGCUUUAUGAAGUGCAUUUUAAGACACUUGUAUUCCUGGUGACCAUUAUUAUUAUUUCCUGUACUUUGCUUGAGCUAGUUCGAUGACUGGCAGGAUUUUAAAAAGGGUAGAUCACUGAUCAUGAAUAGUUAGUAAGUGAAUAGUAGUAAGUGGAAAAAGAAAGGCUAUAGAAGGGGAAUGUAGAUGAUUACAGUCUAUCUAUAAUGAUACUCAAAUAACACUGGUCUGCAUUGAUUUAAAAAAAUGUAUCAAUUGAAGUGGGAUUUGCCUUAAGCUAAGUGAAGUGUACAAAACGAUUUAUGGCUUGGAAUAUUCAGUUAUGGCCUUUAAUGUCAAAAGUGUGCGCAUAAGCAAGUGUAUCCAUCUUAACUUCUCUGAUUAAUUGAGGGGAUGAAAUUCUCAACAGCUGAGACGGGAUUGGCUCACAGGUGGAAAGGGCAAAUAUAAUCUAUACUGAACAGAAAUAUAAAUGCAACAUGCAACAAUUUCAACGAUUUUACUGAGUUACAGUUCAUAUAAGGAAA